ACCUUCAGAAUGUUUCCCUUGGCCAGAAAUGCGCUACGUGGUCUCAAGAUUCACAGCAUUCAGCAAAGGAUGGCAAGACAGCGCUAUAUAAAAUGCUCACAGGAUUUUCAUGAUAAAUAUGGAAAUGCUGUGUUGGCCAGUGGGGUCACUUUCUGUGUUGUUGCAUGGGUGUUUACUACCACACAGAUUGGAAUAGAAUGGAACCCAUCCCCUGUGGGCAGAGUAACCCCCAAAGAGUGGAAACGUUAGUAACAAUCACAGCAGCUGUAAUACAUAUUUGUUCAGAACCAGCCUGUUAUGUAAGCACUUUGUUGCUCA